AUGGCGGGGCCGGGGCCCGGGCCGGCUCCUCCGCGCCUGGCGCUGGCCCUGGCCCUGCUCGCCGCGCUGCUGGCCGUCAAGUACUACCGGGACGCGGAGGCGGCGCGGCGCCAGGAGCUGGCCCUGAAGUCCUUGGGGAACGAGGGGCUGUUCCUCUUCUCCUCUCUGGACACAAACAAGGACCUGUACCUGAGCCCAGAGGAGUUCAAACCCAUCGCUGAGAAGCUCACAGGGGUUGCUCCAGUCUCAGAAGCAGAAGAGGAGGAGGCGCCAGAUCCAGAUGGGGAGACUUUGUCCAUUGUGGCCAAAUUCCAGCCCUUGGUCAUGGAAACAAUGACGAAGAGCAAGGAUGGUUUCUUGGGAAUUUCUCACGUGGCUCUGUCUGGGCUGAGGAACUGGACGGCCCCAGCAGCCCCUAUGAGUGUCCUGCUUGCCAGGCAGUUUAAAGCCUUUCUCCCUCCAAAGAAUGAUCUGGAACUUGGGGAUCCGUGGUGGAUAAUCCCCAGUGAACUGAACAUCUUCACCGGCUAUCUCUCCAACAACAGGUUUUACCCUCCACCUCCCAAGGGCAAAGAGGUGAUCAUCCACAAGCUGCUGAGCAUGUUCCACCCGCGGCCCUUCGUGCGGACGCGCUUUGCCCCGCAGGGAGCCGUGGCCUGCAUCCAGGCCAGCAGCAGCUUCUACUACACCAUCGCAUUCCGGAUCCACGCUGAGUUCCAGCUGAACGAGCCACCGAACUUCCCCUUCUGGUUUUCCCCGGGGCAGUUCACAGGUUACAUUGUCCUGUCCAAGGACUCUUCCCACGUCAGGGACUUCAGGCUCUUUGUUCCUAACAACAGGUCCCUGAACGUGGACAUGGAGUGGCUGUACGGGGCGAGCGAGAGCAGCAACAUGGAAGUGGACAUUGGAUACCUGCCCCAGAUGGAGCUGGAAUCCACAGGGCCUUCGAUCCCCACCGUGAUCCACGACGAGAACGGGAACGUGCUGGACAGCAGGGACCCCUCUGGGGAGCCCAUCCAGUUUGUGUUCGAGGAGAUCACCUGGCAGCAGGAGAUCCCCUGGCAGGAGGCAGCCCACAGGCUGGAAGUGGCCAUGUAUCCAUUUAAGAAGAUCUCCUACCUGCCCUUCACAGAAGCCUUUGAGAGAGCACAAGCAGAGAAGAAGCUGGUGCACUCCAUCCUGCUCUGGGGUGCCCUGGAUGACCAGUCCUGCUGAGGUUCGGGGCGAACUCUGCGGGAGACCGUCCUGGAGAGUUCGCCCAUCCUCGCCCUGCUGAACGAGAGCUUCAUCAGCAGCUGGUCCCUGGUGAAGGAGCUGGAGGAGCUGCAGAGCAACAGAGAGAACGAGUUCUACAGCAAACUGGCCGAGCUGCACCUGGAGAAAUACAACUUCCCUGUGGAGAUGAUCAUCUGCCUCCCCAACGGCACGGUGAUUCACCAUAUCAAUGCCAACUAUUUCCUGGACAUCACUUCUAUGAAGCCCGAAGAUGUUGAAAGCAGCAUCUUUAGUUUCUCAAGCAAUUUUGAAGACCCUUCAACUGCAACUUACCUCCAGUUCCUGAAGGAAGGGCUGCACAGAGCAAAACCAUACCUGCAGCCCUAAAACCAGGCACCUGAAUGCCCCGCUGAGAUGGCCAAAGACUCCAGAGAUCUAUUUUGAUUACAGCAAGCCCCUCAUCCCCAUGCCAGACGUUGGUGUUGAACUGCAGGCGGUCCCAGGCCGGGGCUGUGCUCUGGAUCUUGGGUUGAGGCUGAGUUCCAGGCGGUUCCAGUUUGCACAACCUGCCCUUUUCAGUUCAGGCACAUUUUUUACAGGGGUGAAAAGACUUGAAUCCAUUCCCAGUGCACAUGCCUGGGCGUGCCACCCACCCUUAUUUCUCUCCUUUAAGGCUGGUGCAGCUGUGUAAGGCCACAAUUCCUCAUCUCCAGGACUGAGUGCAGCGGGGAGCAGCACUGGAUCCCGACUGAACGCUCGUGGUGAGGACAGAGCCAGCAGCCCUGGGCAGCCCUGGGCAGUGACAGUCUGUGGGACAGGACUGUGGCAGAGCUGAGCACGAGCUCCGAGCCGCGCCCUGGGUGACGGUGGCCUCGCUCCUGGGGGAGGUGCUGAGGGUGGCCUGGGGACACCAGGAGUGAGAACUGAUGCCUUGAGCUUUGGUGCAGCUCAGAGGGGUCAGGUGAGGAUCAGUGAGAGCCCCCAGUGCCCCCAGGCUGAAGGACACAGCAGUGAGCAGUGUCCCACCCAUCCAUCCAUCCCUCCAUCCUUCCCCAGCAGCUCUGGGAGCUUCUCCCAGUGUCCCCUUGGAGCUCUGUCCUUGUGUGCUUUGAGCUCCCAGGUCGUGCUGGGCGAGGAACCAUGAGGUUCCCCCUGGGAACUGCCCUGAGAGCAUCACCUGGGUGAGAACUGGGCAGUUCUAAAAGCCACAAGUACAAAAAGGUAUUUUCAGGAAUUUUUUUCCAAAGAGAUUGUUCAGACAAGAAGCCAUUAUCCCCUACCUGAAGCCACCCUGAGCAGUUGCUCCUUCUCUGUGCCAACGCCUGGAUGCAGAGUGAGCAUCAUUUUGUAAUUUGGAGAAGGAAAGGUUCAGUGAAGUGGGUUUCUUACAGACCUGUGAGGAGACAAAGCAUCUCCAGUAGCUGCCUGCAGCCAGCCCUGGCUGGUGAUGCUUUUUCUGCUCUCUGAAGCACAAUUUUUGUUGGACCAAAUCAAAUUAAGGGAAAUUUUUUUUUUUUUUUAAGGGUUAUUUUCAUUCCAGGGCUCCAGGUCCUGGGGGUGGCAAUUAUCCCGUCCCCACCCUGCCCAGCCUUCCUGUCCUUACCUGAGCCUGGAGACUGAGCUCAGCUGCACCUCUGGGCUGAACCAGUGUCACUUCACUAAUUGCUCUAGUGAUGUUAAUUAAUGACCCCGGGACGUUU